AUGGAGUGUGUUGGAGCCCGGAACCUCACCGCAAUGUCGGCGAGAGCUAGUGGAGCGAGAGGCGAGAGUUGCGUUGCGGUUAAGGAAGACUUCGCCGACGAAGAAGAUUUCAUAAAAGCCGGUGGCUCUGAGCUUCUCUUCGUUCAAAUGCAGCGGAAUAAGGAAAUGGAUACGCAGUCCAAGUUAGCGGAUAAGUCAGAUCUUGGACUUGAAAGAUGUAUUGAGCAGGUUUGGCGUGAUACCAUUGUAUACCUCGAUGAUGAUAAGCCUAUUAUGAUUGGACGUGCUUACGGGCGUGUUAGUCGACACUUGCUCCAUGAGGAGUUGUUGAGGAGGUGUGUCGAGUCAGGUGUAAUGUAUCUUAAUUCAAAGGUAGAGACAAUUAUUGAAGCUACCGAUGGUCAUAAUCUCGUACCUUGUGGACACAAUCGUGUUGUUCCUUGCAGGCUUGUUACUGUUGCUUCAGGAGCAGCUUCAGGUAAACUGUUGCAGUAUGAGGUAGGGGGUCCAAGAGUCUCCAUACAAACAGCGUAUGGCAUCGAGGUUGACGUGGAGAACAAUCCUUAUGAUCCCAGCCUGAAGGUUUUCAUGGAUUAUAGAGACUAUACUAAACAAGAAAUUCCAUCUUUGGAAGCACAAUGUCCAACAUUUCUUUAUGCCAUGCCCAUGUCUUCAACAAGAGUUUUCUUUGAGGAAACUUGUCUGGCUUCGAAAGAUGCCAUACCUUUUGAUUUAUUAAAGAAGAAGCUCAUGUUGAGGUUAGAGACCAUGGGAAUCCGGAUUUUAAAAGUUCAUGAAGAGGAGUGGUCUUACACCCCAGUUGGUGGUUCCUUACCAAACACAGAGCAGAAGAUCCUUGCAUUCGGUGCUGCUGCAAGCAUGGUGCAUCCUGCUACUGGUUAUUCGGUUGUCAGAUCAUUGUCAAAGGCUCCAAAUUAUGCUUCUGUAAUUGCAAAUAUCCUAAAGAAGGGUCAUUCUAAUGGUUUGCUUACCAGUGAGAGAAAUAAUGGGAAUAUCUCAAUGCAUGCUUGGAAUACUCUUUGGCCACAAGAAAAGAAACGCCAGAGAGCAUUCUUUCUGUUUGGGCUAGCACUCAUAUUGCAACUAGAUAUUGAAGGCAUUCGAACGUUCUUCCAUUUGCCAAGAUUGAAAGAAACUGCAGAUAAUGCAUCGGAAGAUAUUUCAGGAUCCAAAAUGCCUUCCAUGUAA